GCGGGACGUUACGAUGAGCGCCAUGAAGAUGGACUUCAUCUGCAAGGAGGUACCUACCGCAUUGGCCACCGCUGGGCCGGACGCGGUCGUCGAGCCCGAAGACGGCGGUGUGAGCGACAACGAGGACUCGGAGGACGAGCAGUUGGAGCAUGCUGCUUGGCAGGAUGUGGACUUGAAUCCGGCCGUGGAGCUGGUGGCCAAGCUCGUACGCGAUUCGCUGGACGCUGGCAAGACGUACAAUAAGAGCAUCACGGCGAAGACGUCGCAGCUUCUCACGGGCUGCGACAGUAUGUUGCUGGAGAUUAAGAGCCUGGUCGAGACCCGCGGGGACGCUCGUCAGCGCUCAGGCAAAGGCUCGGGCCAGGGCGGCGCUGACUGCUCUUGUGGCCAGGCCAUGGGCAUGCUUCCGCUGCGCAACCCGGCCAAGACACUGGCUGGGUCAACUGACUCGACAUCUAAGAAGCAGGACGCGCCAAAGGUGGACGAGGCCACGGAAGAUCAGACGGAUCGUGUGCUGGCCAAAAUGGAGGCAGCCAUGGUCCGGAUCCGAGAAAUGGCCGAGAUCAUCCAGGCCACUAGUAUGCAGGGAGAAGCUAACUUGGUAUCUAAAGUAUCUCUGCAAACGGGCACGUUCCAGGCUCUCGAGGCGGCCGUGCAGGCCAGCGCGGCGGCUGCGACGGCCACUGCUAUCGCUCAGGAGCGUGGCCGCUCGUCCUCGGCCUUUGGCCGACUGUACAUGCCACUACAAGUUCAAAAACUACAGGAAUGGUACUAUUCGUACCCACGCCCGCUCCUAGACGAGCUCACACUCAUGCGUACGAUCUUAAACUACCGGCCAUACGCGAAUCCGUUCCAGGUGGGCGGACUCUCGCUAGCCCACGUGCGUGAUUGGUUUAAGCGCCGUCGCUUCCGUGAACGUAUGCGUUAUGUAAAACUCGCAGUGGAGGCGGGCCACGACGCUCAAGCUGCAGAGGAGGAGAUCGAUCUGCGGUUGGAGCAGAGGAUUGCGCAAUUGCGGGCCUCCGUGGACCCGAAUGAGCUGGUCAAGGAAGUAGACCGCGUGCGCGCUCAGAGUUAUCUGUUUGAUGCAGCUGUGAACGCCUUCACACGGCCGAACAACAUCCGCUCUUAUAUCGCGGCAUCCUACUCUGUGCCUACGGCUGCUGAUCAACAGGGAUACAAUGUUAAUGGCCGAGGCAAACGACAACGUACACAGGACUCGGAGCUGGAUGACAUCUCGAUGGUGAAGCACGCCACGGUACUAGAAGUGAUGGCUCUGCAAAACCGACUGCGCAGUCUCAUGGAACAGCCCAAGACGACCGUAGUGACGAACGGACUGCAGCAAGUGGUGGAUCUGUUGCGUGCUAUGAAAGUUGAGCCUGACGUGCGUAUCCAGUCGGGUCUGGUGGCCGACCUUAAGCAGAUCUUGAAGGUCUAUACGAAGCCUACUUUGCUUCGCAAGGCUACAAUUGCACUCUUGGAGAACCUGGGGAUGAACCGCCGUGCGAUACUGGAGCAGGACGCUGAUGACGAUGCUCCGUUAUCCGCACCCGCCAGUCCAGCGCUAAGCACAGCGUCAAGUUCUCGCGUCCGAUCAACGAUAAAGCCGAACGUUUUGGAGAGUGGCAGUGCGGCGUUCGACGAUGAUUCCUCCCUGCUCUUGUCUGGCGAGCCACCGAACAAGAAGGCUAAGCCAACAGCACGACCGGUCAAGCCACGAGCGAAGGAGAAAAAGGGACGUGUGUUGCGCCCUAUGAAGUUCUCGAUGGACCAGCUCACGGCGCUUGAGGCGUGGUUCCAACAGAAGUAUAAACCAUCACAGGAAGAAAUGGAGAGCUACCUGGCUCAGCUGAACACCCCGCCGCUACGCGAUGUGAAGAAGCAGACAGUGGACGUGAAUAUGACGCAGCUUCGGCGAUGGUUUAACAAGCGGCGGUGUCUACGUCGUCCUCCGUUUGCGCUUAUGACACAACAAGAGGCGGCCAAGGAAGGAUCGAAGAAUCCUGCAGUUCUGAAGGCGGCGUCAGCCCCUAGCAAUGGCGUGGAGUCGGUGGAGAGCGUGCAAGACACUGACGACGUGGAACGUGCGAGCUCCGAGCUUGAAGGACAUCGGAGGACACUCGAAGGACGACUCUCCUAUGAUACUAAUGACGACGACGAUGAUGAUUCGAGCGACAACGACGACGACGACGAUGACGAUGAUGAUGACGAUGAUGACGAUGUCGAUGAUGAUAGCAGUGAUGAUGGAGAACAUCUCAUCGGCGCAGCUCUGGCCUAG